GAUUGCUCUUAGCUUUUGGAGGCUUUUUCGACGCAAGAGACAAGGUCAUAUGUGCUGAUUGUUUACAUUACACAGGAAAGAUAACAUUGUGUAACUCCUUUGACAGCUUCUAAGAAGGUAGGUGAGGAAUUGGAGUUACCUUUAUUCGAUUUGGCAACCAUUGCAGCAGCCACAAACAACUUCUCUCAUCGGAGAAGGUGGCUUUGCUCCUGUUUACAAGGCUUAAUCUAUUGAGUGGGGACAUUGCAGGGAAACCUAUCAACAGGAGAAGUAUUUGCAGUGAAAAGAAUGUUGACAACUUCUACAGAGGAGUUCAAAACUGAAGUUUCCUUUAUUUCCAAACUGCAGCACAGGAAUCUUGUUAGAAUUCUGGGAUGUUGCAGUGAAGGAGAGGAAAACAUGCACAACAAGAGCUUGGACUAUUUCAUUUUCGAUGAGAGUACAAGUGCAGUACUGAGCUGGGCGAAGCGCUUUACCAUUAUUAUGGGGAUAGCAAAAGGCCUGCUCUACCUCCAUCACGACUCCAGGCUCAAAAUCAUCCACAGGGACCUGAAAACGAGCAAUAUUUUGUUAGACGAGAACCUUAAUGCAAAGAUUUCAGAUUUUGGCUUAGCAAGAAUGUUUGAAGGGGAUGAUCAGAUUACAGCAAGAACGGACAGAGUCAUUGUAACAUAUGGUUAUAUGGCUCCUGAGUAUGCAUAUGACGGAAAGUUCUCCAUCAAGUCGGACGUAUUUAGCUUGUGAGUGGAAAAAGAAACAGAGGCUUCAAGCAUCCUUGUUCCUUUCAGAACCUCUUAGAACAGGCAUGGUAAGGAAAGCAGAGAGUUAGAACUGAUGGAUCCAAUGUGUGAUGAUAGUGUGGAAUCCCAAGUGAAGAGAUGCAUCCGAGUGGGGCUGCCGAGGACAGACCGGUGAUGCCUUGGGUGUUUCUCAUGUUGAGCAGUGAGGACGCGGUGUUGCCUGAGCCCAAGAAGCCAGGGUUUUUCAUGCGAACUACUUCAACUGCUUCAAUGAGCAACGACUCUAGUUGUGGGAUAUAGAAGCAAGGUAAAGAUGUAUAUACUCAGAAAUGAAACAUCUAACACUUUACUUGCUCACUCACUCUCAGAGGAAACAACUAUUUUCCUCUAAUUCAAAGUGAUGGGAUAAUCUUGACUUCUAUCAAAUGCUAUAUUUUCCAUGUUAGUCCUCCCCUUGCUUGACUUUGAAUUUCAAGUGUCUGGGAAUGUUAAAGUAUUCUGUUGUAAACCUUGCUGAGUCACCAAGAUUAGUUAUGUUUUAGUUAGCUUGUUAAGAGAAGUUUCCUUUAGCUUCUUUGUUAGUUAGUCUUAGUCCUUGUAUAUGUGCAGCUGUACAAACUUAAUUCAAUUGAAUACAAAAUCUCUUUCUCAA